GAUGCCAAGAAUGAAAAGCCCUUGGUACAGACCCUGGCUCACAGCCCAGCCAGCGGGAGCGAGCACCAUGAUUUUUGGGAAAGGCUCAGCUCCUCUGUCCCCGGCUCACCUCCCCCUCCCCUCAGGAUGAAGUCUCCCCCUCUUCUGACCUUCCUUUGCCUCCUGGUGGCCCUGGCCGGCGGGAACCUGGUCCAGUUCGGGGUGAUGAUCGAGAGGGUGACGGGGAAGCCGGCGCUGCAGUACAAUGACUACGGCUGCCACUGCGGUAUCGGCGGUUCCCACUGGCCGGUGGACCAGACCGACUGGUGCUGCCAUGCCCACGACUGCUGCUAUGGGCGCCUGGAGAAGCUGGGCUGUGAACCCAAACUGGAGAGGUAUCUCUUCUCUGCCGGCAGGCACAACGUCUUCUGUGCCGGCAGAACCGCCUGCCAGCGUCAGACCUGCGAGUGUGACCGGACAGCCGCCCUCUGCUUCCGCCGCAACUUGGGCACCUACAACCGCAACUUCGUCCGUUACCCCAAGAAGCUGUGCAGUGGCCCCACGCCGCCCUGCUAGGGCCGGACCCCGCCUCCUGCGGCCCCAGGCCUGGGCAGCCCUGACACCAAAGGCCCUCCCCCCAGAAAAUUCCUUUCCCGCACACCCAUCCCUCCCUGAGAGCUCCC